AUGUCUUUUGGUGCGUUUAGGCCGACGUCAAUAGCUAGCUCGGGCUUGUUAUGGAAGACGCCCUGGCGGCUGUCACGUACCCGCAAAGCCAACGUCCGUGACCGGUUGAAGAAGGUCGACGCUGUCAUCGAGGCAGUCCGUGCCAGCGGAGUCGAAUGCGGCGCAUUGGAACGCGCACUUCAAUUACCGAAAGAGCACGAGAUGGAGCCACGGGACAAGUACACCGUAUUUUCCAAAUGGGAUAGGGGGUACCGUAAGGGUAUACAUAAGAUGCCCAAGUUUACUCGCGUCACACAACGCGAGAACCCGAAGGGUUUCUAG